AUGGACCCCGCCUCGCGCGGUAUGCGGGGGGGAGAGUGGCGUGGGAAUAAUAAUAAUAAUAAUAAACGUAUGACUUGGACACGAGAAAUGAAUAUAAAUGUCAUGCGAUGUUAUUACAAAAGCACCAACAUAGAAACAAAUAAAACUGGAUACCGUGAAGAUUUGCAUAGAUUAUUCGUUGAAAUAUACCCUCAAUAUGCAAACAUAACCCAACAGAGAGUAGUAGACCAGAAACGCACUAUUGUAACAAACAAUCGUCUAACAGCUGUAGAACUGCAAAAUAUAAAAGAGGAAAUUGCAAAAGAAUUACAAAGUGGCAGUCAGGAUAACAACAACAACUCAGCAAUAGAAUCACAACUGGAAACCAAUAACCCAAAUAAUACUGCUCAACACAGUGAACAUAUAGAAAUUCAAAACAAUAACACAAAUGAUAAUAAUACCCCAACUCUACAAACUACUUUAAUAAACAAUAACAACUGUAACAAUAAUAAAAAUAACAACGAAGAGAAUAUAGCAAUAAAUAAAUAUGAGAAAGAAUUACAAGAACAAUUAAUAAAGUGGCAAGACAUUGAACCCGAAAAUAAAUACCAACUACCAAAACUCAAAUUUAAUAGAAAUACCAAGCACCUUAUUUCCAAUAUAAACUCUGUGCUGGAACAUCUGCAUUAA